AUGCUUUCCGAGUGCAGCUCGCUUUUGAAGGGCGCGGUGCUGGGAAGCGUCGUGUGCGCCUUGAUGGCGGCGCUGGGACACCUGGGGGCCGGCGGCCCCGCGCGGAGCCACCGCCACCGGCACCGCCGCCUGCAAGCCCCCCCCGGGGACGACGCCUGGCAAAGGCCAGGGGCCGGGCUCGCGGGCCCCGGGAGCGGCCCCCGCGUGUACUGCAUCCUCCUCCUCACGCCCAGACACCUGCGUCUGCGGGCCGCCGCGAACGAGACCUGGGUCAAGCACUGUGACAAGGCAGAGUUCUUCAGCCCCGAACCCGUUCCAGCGGUUGAGUCGGUUACGCCGGGUGGGAAAGACUCGUGGCUGAUGAAAAAGGCUUACGUCUACGCCUCUGAUAACUACAAGGACCGGUACAGCUGGUUCUUUCUCGCGUACCCUUCCACGUUCGCGGUGAUCGAGAACUUAAAGUACUUUCUGUUAGAAAGAGAUUCAUCACAACCUUUCUAUCUGGGUCACACUGAACACUCCGGGAAGCUUGAAUAUGUGAGUGUGGAGGGAGGGGUUGUCCUCAGUGUAGAAUCGGUGAAAAGACUCAGCCGCCUUUUCACUGACCCUGGAGGGUGUCCCGAAGAGGGAACAGUCGUUUGGAAGUUUCCUGAGGAUGAGCUGCUGGCCGUCUGUCUGAAACACGAGGGAGUGUUUGCGGAAAACGCUGAAGAUGCCGAAGGAAAAAGCUUAUUUAACACGAAAACGGUUGGGAUGCUUAUUAAAGAGGCAAUGGCUGCCGCCCCGAGCAAGGUGGUGGAAGGGUGCUGCUCUGAUGUGGCCAUCACGUUCGGCGGACUAACCCCUCAUCAGCUGCAUGUGCUGAUGUACGGCGUGUACCGUCUCAGGCCAUUCGGACGUAUUUUCAGCGAUGCACUGUCCUUUUCACCUCCAAAUGGUUCUGACAAUGACUGA